ACUUCUACAAUGAUAAACGUGAGUACCGAAAUAACAGUCCAUACCCGUAUAGGAGGAAUGAUAGCGAAGAGAGAAGUUACAAUAAAAGAGAUAAUAGUCCUUACCCCUCUAGUUUGUAUAAUAGAUAUUCUAGAGAAAAUAGCAAAGAUAACAAUUACRAUAGAGAUAGAUCAUACUCAAGAGAAAGUAAGAACAAUUAUGAUAGUUCUAAGGCAAGUAGUAGAGACAGAAGUUAUUACAGAGAUUUUGUAACGUAUAAACAUAGAUAUGUUAAAGACAGGGAAACAAGAGGAAAUUAUAAACAGCGUAGUAAAAACAACGAUGAAGGAAAAAGAUACACAAAAAACCGGCAAUACAGCAGAGAGAAUGGUCGAGAAAGAGUACCAGGAAAAUAUAGAGAAGACCGCUAUGCGAAAGAAUCC